CAGCUACCUGGGCUUGCUCACGGAAAUCACAGCCACCAUCAGCCUUCAGCAUGUAUUGAUACCAGCAUCUUUCAACACCAAAUCGACAUUAAUAGUUCCGACGACGUCGUCCUCAGAAUGGCGGGUCCAAAGAGGGCGGCCGCUUUCGCCGAGGAGAGCGCCGAAGUCGAGGUGCUCUACGCGAACCUGAGCAAGAUGAAGAGCUUGACCAAGAAGAUUCAAUCCUCCAUGAGCCGACUCGAGACCAGUGGAAAGACGGUGGAAGAGGCUAUUGGGCCCAUCUAUGGCAACACACAGCGACUCCAAACCACAAACGCGAACAUCGACCGGGUCAUCAUGGCCAUCGACAGAAUCCGCGAGCCCCUGGAUAUGCGCAACAGAGAAGAGCAAGUUUUGCGCUCGAGUCCGCAAGCAGUGGGCUUGACCGAGUACAUUGCUUCUAUCGAUCGCACUCGUCAAGCCCUGGGUGACUUGAAGCAAUCGAAUCUCCGCUCGAACCAGCAAGCCAUCUCCGAGCUUAACGGUCUACUCGGUGUGGGUAGCAGACAAUUGGAAGAUGUCUUCCAGAACACGUUGCGUGAGGGAGUCGCGCCUGUCGAACCUCUCCACUUCAUUACCAAGAACAUUGAUUUCCCUCGCAUCCCCUCCACGAAGACGACUCACUUGCGAACCAUCAACGCUCAUGCAUCUUCGUCUGCUGCUGAAAUGAGUCAAAAUGACUCGAGAAGCACACCUACAGCCAAGAUCUAUGCUGAAGUGCGAGGCCAAUACAUCACCACGAGUCUGCAAAACAUGGCUGCUGCCUGUUUAGCGACUGCUCGAAAACAGAAUCCAAGUACCGCCACAGUAUACAAGAAAGGUGAUAACGCCAUCGGAAUGUACGCUGCAGGCAUCAAGGGCAUGUUCAUUGCCGAAUACGACAACAUAUGUCCAAUCUUUGAUCGUGAGGAAUGGGGUCAGGUUCUGUCAAUGACCUGUCAGGGUGCCCUCAAGGCUUUUGCCGCGACGCUGAAAGACCUUGAUCGUCAUAUCAAAGACAACAUCACAAGCGAUUGCUUUCUGGCCUACGAAAUCAUCGAAGUCGUGUCGAACACUGCCCUCGAGGUUGACAAUAAGACAGGGGAGCUCAAGAUUGAGAUAGCUGAUGCACUCAAGCCCAUCCGCGAGACUGCAAAGUCGUCCCUUUCUGCGCUCCUCACGGAUGUACGGAACCGAGUGCAGCAGAUGAUGCAGCUUCCUGCCGACGGUUCAGCAAUACCCCUGACAUCGGAGAUGAUGACCCGCCUGCAAACUAUGACUAGCUUCCUAGUGCCUCUGUCGUCAAUCUUGACAUCAUUGGGUAAGGGUGGGUGGUCCGCUCCAGGACCUGCAUCAUCGAGUACUUCCAUACCUACUCUCAAGUCGUUUGACGUUGGUGCAGAUGGUCGCAAACUGUUUGCAGAUUACGCUGCGGACACUAUCCACACUCUUCUCUCGAACUUGGAAGCACGUUCUGCAGCUUUGCAGAAGGGCAAAGGGGUACAGGGUGUUUUCCUGGCCAACAACAUUGCCAUCAUUGAACGCAUGAUCCGUAGUUCCGAACUUGGUCCACUGUUAGAGCCUGCACAGCCGAAGAUCGAGUCAUGGCGUGUCAAGGCGACUAAGCACUACAUGACCACUUGGAACGAGGUUUCGGCUUACCUACUCGACGUUCAAUACACGAACCGUGGUCCGCGUCCUCCAAGCACGGGCGCUGCAGUCGAUUCGGCGGCCUUUGUCAAAGCGUUAUCUUCUAAAGAGAAAGACACCAUGAAGGAGAAGUUCCGUGGAUUUAACGCAUCGUUCGACGAGAUGGUCGCCAAGCACAAGACAUACAAGAUGGAGAAGGAAGUCAAGACCUCGUUCGCGAGGGAUGUCCAAAGAUUCAUCGAGCCACUCUAUGGUCGUCACUGGGACAGAUACCACGAGAUUGACAAGGGCAGAGGCAAGUAUGUAAAGUACGACAAGACGCAACUCAAUGCGGUGCUCUCGAAUUUGGGGUGAAGGAAGAUGGGGUUUUGGACUUUAGCGUGGCGCCGGGAGUUUCUGUACCUAUGCAACCAAGACACGGGAAGUUGUAAAGAUGCAUGGUGUGGAGAGAGGCCGAUUUGCUUGAAUGUGAGAUUAGCUCGAGAUGUGUCCGGGAUGGUCGUGCUGGCUGCUUCGAUGCCGGCAUGACGCUUUGCCUGAAUGGGAUUAAGAAUUGUGUUGACUUGUACGAACACUGCUGUACCUCUAUCUCAAGCAAGAACCCGUAUCUUGAUACCUGUUAUAAAAGUAGAAAAGCAAACAGAUAUCCGUACAGGA